AUGAAUUCCUGGAGACUCAAAGAUACAAGUAAAGGCCAAGAAAGCCUCAGUUCAGAUGAUAACUUCCAGAAUUCAAUUAUUUUACGUUACCCUUGUCCUUCAAAUAAUGACUGCACAUACUAUCAAUCAAUUUUAUCACCAGGCAUAUACAAAUUUGAAGUUUGGGGUGCCGAUGGCGGUGCUGGAACAGCAGAUGGAUAUUAUACUCAGCACACAGGAAAGGGUGGCUACUCGAUUGGUGCUUACAUAGUUAAUCAGACAGUAAAUGCGUACGUUUUCGUUGGUGGAAAAGGUGAAAAUGCAACUAAUCCAUCAACUCGACCUGCAAAAGGCGGGUAUAACGGUGGUGGAGAUUCACCACAGGAUCAAAACUUCAAUGAUGAUGCAGGCGGCGGCGGUGGUGGUGCCACUGAUAUCAGAAUUGGAAAUAUUGACUUAGACAGCAGAGUUAUCGUUGCUGGCGGUGCUGGCGGCACAGGAUUUGAUACAAAAUAUUAUAAUAUACAAGAAACUCCUUUUGGUGGAGGUUUGACUUCAUCAUUACCAAGAGGCUACGGAAAAACCGGAACUGCUUCCUCCCAAACAUCAGGAUAUCAAAAGGGAGUUGGACAACCAGGUAUAAAUGAUGGUACUACUACUUCUGGAGGCGGUGGUGGGGGUUAUUUCGGCGGAUUUACGAUUGUAGGCUCAUCUGCUGGCCAAGCUGGCGGUGGAUCGAGUUAUAUUGAUGGUGUUGUUUCAUAUGGAAGCGUUGAAAAGAACACAAUCAACGGAGAAACUGCAAUGCCAGUUCUAAACGGUUUCAGUGUCGGAAACAACGGCCAUGGAUUUGCCAGAAUCACUCUACUAUCUAGCCUUGUCAUUAAAGAGAAGCCAAUUUCAUGUAUUCAAAAUUCAUAUUUCUCAAGCGACAAAAACAUUUUAUUUUAUGUUCUUUUGAUUUCUUUUUCAUAA